AUGUCGUGUCCAUUCCGCCGAGCGUCCUCACAACACCAAUUUGCAAAUGGCGGCGCUUCCGUUAAAAAAGAGUUUCGGUCUAGGCAGUCGUCAGUUCACCUGCCUGGACCGGAAGAAGAAGAGGACAGCAAUACUCUCACGCUGAAACAUUUAAGCGAAGCGCUGAAGUUGCUGACAGCGCCAUCGAACGACUGCCUCCACGCCGCAGUGACGUCAUUAACGAAGAACCAGGCAGAGCAUUACGACAAAUACGAUUGCCUACGGAGAUUACCAGAUGACGUCAGGACAUGCAGGAAUUACGCCUACUUACAAGAGAUAUAUGACGCUGUACGAGCUACCGAUAGUGUAAGCACUAAGGAUUUUAUGGCGAAGUUAGGUGAAUAUUUAAUAUUAACAGCAUUCUCUCAUAACUGUCGAUUGGAAAGAGCAUUUAAAUGUCUAGGAACCGAUUUGACCGAAUUUCUAACUACACUGGAUAGUGUGCACGAUGUUCUACAUGAUCAGGAUGAUUCUCUCAAAGACGAGUCAACAGAAAAUGAAGCAGCAUUCGUUUGUGCUACCUCACACGCGGGCAUGAUACAACUACAUCUGACUACAGAGAGUGAACCCGUAGCAUAUUUACUAGUCGGUUGUCUCAAAGCCAUCGCAAUGCGACUGUAUGACACCCAGACUGAUAUAAGACUGAUGAGCUAUUCCAACGAUCCUAGGAGAUUUAGAUAUGAUAUAACAGUAUUACCGUUAAAUCAGAGAUUGAAGGAAGAUAAUUGCGAAGCUGCCGGCGACGCAGUGAGCCUAGCAACGUCGAACAAUGUAAAUGAUUUACGGAUCGGAGUCGCCAGUUUCUGCAAAGCGUUUCCUUGGCACUUCGUCACUGACAAGCGUUUGGAACUCGUACAACUCGGCGGCGGUUUCAUGCGUCUGUUUGGGACACACCUCUCCUCACACGGCUCCUCUCUUGGGACGUACUUCAGAUUGCUCAGACCAAGAGGAGUACCUCUGGACUUCCGCGAGAUCCUUCAGAGACUGAACACGCCAUUUAUGUUCUGUUUGAAGAUACCUGGUUCCAACUCUUUGGCUGAGGGCCUCGAGAUAAAAGGACAGAUGGUUUUCUGUUCGGAGUCUGAUUCGCUGCUUUUUGUCGGCUCGCCUUUUCUUGAUGGUCUCGAAGGGCUAACGGGGCGAGGGCUAUUUAUAUCCGACAUUCCAUUACAUGACGCGACAAGGGACGUCAUCUUAGUCAGCGAACAGACAAGGGCUCAGGAUGGACUCAGGAAAAGGAUGGACAAAUUGAAAAAUUCAAUAAUGGAAACCAGUAAAUCAGUUGACAAGGAAAGAGAGAAAAAUGUCAGUCUCUUGCAUUUAAUAUUUCCACCGCAUAUUGCUAAACGGCUUUGGCUCGGUGAAAAUAUCGAAGCCAAGAGUCACGAUGACGUCACGAUGUUGUUCAGUGACAUUGUAGGGUUCACAUCUAUUUGUGCGACAGCUACGCCUAUGAUGGUGAUAGCUAUGCUGGAAGACCUGUACAGCGUGUUUGACGUAUUCUGUGGCGAGCUGGAUGUUUAUAAGGUGGAGACAAUAGGAGAUGCGUAUUGUGUCGCGAGUGGACUACAUAAAAAGAUCGAAACCCACGCGCCGCAAAUAGCUUGGAUGGCAUUACGUAUGGUCGAGACUUGUGCUCAACAUCUUACUCAUGAAGGGAAUCCGAUUAAGAUGCGUAUUGGACUCCAUACUGGAACAGUUCUGGCAGGCGUAGUUGGUAAGACAAUGUUGAAAUAUUGUCUCUUUGGACACAACGUCACGCUUGCUAACAAAUUUGAAUCCGGAUCCGAACCUUUGAAGAUCAACGUCAGUCCAACUACUUAUAAGUGGCUAAUAAAAUUUCCGGGAUUCGAAAUGGAGCCACGCGAUCGAUCCUGUCUGCCAAAUUCAUUCCCAAAGGACAUACCUGGAACGUGCUACUUCCUACACAAGUACACGCAUCCGGGGACGGAUCCCGACGCAUCUCAGGUAAAACAUAUAGAAGACGCUUUAAAAGAGUUUGGCAUCGGAAAGGGUAAGACCAGCGAAGCGGAGUAUGAAGGAUCAACAUCGUCAUAA